UGUGCAUAAUUGGAGCGGGGACUAGAGAACGUCUGCUUUUCAAAGGGCAUUGUGUUGGAAUUAAAAGGCGGGGACAUGCAAAUCACCAAGGGUCUUUAACGCAGAACUGCCAAAGAAAACAGCCAGAGAGCAAAGUUAGUUUGGGAUAGGAGCAGUGACAGCACAAAAAAAAAAAAUCGUGGAGGAAUUUAUUAAACCUUUUAAUACAGCAACGCUUGCCUAGCAGACACUGCAGAGCUGUCUGAAAGUUUCUGAACCGUCUCCUAUAGUAUAUUGAUAUAUUAUUUUGAGAUUUAUUUGUGCACAUUAUUAAAACAGCAAACAUGCCACCUCAGAAGACCGUGGAUUACGGACAGCAUGUGGCUCCUCCGGUGCCGCCGCACAGCGGUAGAGAGACCGGGCACAGCAUCGGACAGGAGCGGAGUGUGAAAUGCGUAUUGCUGGGAGAUGGGGCUGUUGGGAAGACGAGUCUAGUUGUCAGCUAUACCACGAAUGGAUACCCGACCAAGUACGUGCCCACUGCGUUUGACGACUUUUCAGCUGUGGUGCAAGUUGAUGGAACUCCAGUGAGACUUCAGCUCCGAGACACUGCUGGGCAGGAUGAGUUUGACAAGCUGCGACACUUCUGCUACCCGCGUGCCGAUGCCCUGCUGUUGUGUUUCAGCGUGGUGAGCCCUGCCUCCUUCCAGAACGUUUGGGAAAAGUGGGUGCCUGAAAUCCGGCGCCACUGCCCCUUGGCACCAGUGGUCUUGGUGGGCACACAGUGUGACCUUCGCCAAGACGUGAAGGUGCUGAUUGAACUGAACCGGCAACAGGAGAAACCGGUGCCCGAGAGCAACGCCAGGGCGCUGGCAGAGAAGAUUGGAGCCAUCUCCUACGUGGAGUGCUCAGCCCUGACACAGAAGAACCUGAAAGAGGUUUUCGACGCAGCGAUAUCGACCGGACUGAGUUUCUCCGAGCACCGGGCACGCAAAGAGAGGAAAAUGAAAAACACAGCAGAUAAAAUGAAAACGCUCUCCAAAUCUUGGUGGAAGAAAUACGCUUGCCUGCAGUAACAAUUGACUAAGUCUAUUUCCUCAUCCUAUUCUUUCCCAGGUAUCAACCUUCCAAGGCGAUUUUUGACGCUCUCGGAAGUUGAUAUUGAAAUUUGCAUUGGGAUCUAUUUAUUUUCCCAGCUGUACUAUAUUUAUUUUCUGAAAACUAUUUUUCUUUCUGGAAGAAUGUCUUAGUUAAGUCCUGUGGAUUUUCAUUUAAGAAAUCAUUUUAAUAAAUACUUUUUAAAACAUACUAAACAGAAGUGUAAAGCAGUGGUAACUUUUUUAAAGGGUUUAGAUCUAACCAGGGCCUGGAUUAAAUCAUAAUUAUGGCCGCGCAAUGGUCAUAAAAUUGAAAAUUGGUCGCUAUAAAGUUUUCUGUGCAUGAAAAACCAAGGCCCUGAUUUGUUUAUAUGACAUCAGAACCCAAUAACAUAGAGGGAUGUUGAAAUAUGAUCUAAAUAUUUAUAUAUCUGCAAUAUAUGCAACACAAUUCAAUACGUCAAUGUAUUGCGUAUUUAAGGACCUGGUUUGAUCAAAACAUCCACCACAAAUUGCAGUUGAUAAAAGACUCUUGUCAUUUUUUUUCCUCAUUCUACUCCUGCUGCUGGCAUACAUUUGUAUCUUAUUGCUUCUCAUUUUUUAGAAGCUUAUAUUUGUGUUUUAAUCAUAUGGUUUAUUGUGUGUCAGUGAGAGAAAUGCACGAUGUAUGAGAUACUGUUAAAGAAUCCAUUCUAACUGGGACCAGAUCUUUGAAUGGGGUAUGAUCUACCCAGUUAAACCAUUCUAUAUUUACAAUGCUGUAGAUUAGUUCUACAGUUGAGUACAAUUCAGGCUUUUAGUCUGGUGAGUUUCGUACCCUGCUGUGCAUUAUCUGUAGUGGGGAGAGCAAUAAUCGUGGUUCCUACUGUACUGUGUUGCCCAGAAACAUUAACCGCAAUAUUUUCUAAGACUUGGAGGUGAAAUGGUCUUGUUUGUUUGUUUGUUUGUUUGUGUGUUUGUUUCUUUUUAAAUGUGAUUCCUGUUUCAUUCAUGCCUCUGAUGGGGACUGCGUUGAAGCAGUUUGCUUUGAAUGGAAUUGUGUCUUAUGAUUUUGAAAUAAAACAAAUAGUUAAA